GACUUUGACGAAUGCAGAUUUGAUAUUAGUGUAAAUGAUAGUGUUUGGUACCUUCGAGCUCAGGACCCAGACCACAGGCAACAGUGGGUAGAUGCAAUAGAACAGCACAAGGUAAGUCUUAUUUUCUUUCUCACAAGUUAGAUCUGGUGGUCCUUGUCGAGAGUGGUAAGCUUCCAUGAAAGUGCUGAAGCUGUAUGUGACAGGCAGACAAAUUCCAAGUUUGAAGCAGUGAGUUAAAUAUGCUCCAAAGGAAUUUAUUUGCUUAUCCUUCAUUGGUGGGAGCUAACAACUGUGAACCUUCCUCUAGCUUGAAAAAGGAAAAAAACUUGCAUCAUAUUUAAGUGGCUUUUUAGUCGUUUUAUCCAUCCUCUCCCAACCAAAUUGUUAUCUGUCCUAGAUGUUAAACUUGUUUGUUGUAGAGUCCAUUCUUUUAGAUUAUUAUUCUGAUUUCAUAUGGUUCAUCUGUUUGUUCUUUUGGCUGCUUUUACUCAGUCUGAUUGCUGUCUCUUGUGUUCUUGUCUUCUAAGACCCUACUCUUCAUCAAUCAUUUUAGCUUUCUUGUUCUAUGCUUUUGAGUUCUUUUUUUUUUUUUUACUCAAAGGGCUUGAAGGUCAGAUAUUUUUAAAAAAAUAACGUACAAGGCAUCCACUCUGUUUUCAGGUACAAGAUAGACACUGCUUCAAGUUGUUAAGUUUUAACUGCAAUAUUCAAUACAACACAACGUCGAUAUCUGGGUUACACACGUGCUACAGGAAUAUAAAUUAAAACACCUACGUAAGUAGGUACAUAAUUAAUUUUACCUAUAUUUUACUUGUAUUUAUACCUUGAGCUUCUCAGAGGACUGUGUGUAAUUGAGAAGUUUAAACUUUUCUUGAGACAGCUUUAAAAUAAGCAGUAAAAGCUCUUAAAUUUUAAGUGAUGUCUUUCAGCAAGUUGUCCUUUUAUAGCUUGACAUCUUGUCUUCACUUUGAUACAGACAACAUGGAAACAUACAAAAUUAAGUUGCAAAACUAGGAUUGUUUUCCUUAAUCUUGUGAAAAAAAUGCAUAGCUAAUCUGUGGGUGUUUUUGAGAUGAGAAUGCUGCAGUGCGUUAAUCUUGUAACACCUGAAAGAAAUACAUCAAGAGGAUGCACCAAACAAGUUGCUGAAUUACACAUCCAUAGAGCUGGCACUUCAGAAGCUGCUUUUAUAAGCAUGGGAGUUUUCACACAUACUGAAUCUGGCUAUGGAUCAGAAUCAAGUUUACGCCGUCAUGGCUCCAUGGUGUCUCUUGUUUCUGGAGCAAGUGGAUAUUCUGCAACAUCCACCUCUUCGUUCAAGAAGGGCCAUAGCUUACGUGAGAAGCUUGCAGAAAUGGAAACCUUUAGAGACAUCUUGUGUAGACAAGUUGAUACUUUACAGAAAUAUUUUGAUGCCUGUGCAGAUGCAGUUUCCAAAGAUGAACUCCAGAGGGAUAAAGUGGUAGAAGAUGAUGAAGAUGAUUUCCCUACAGUGCGCUCUGAUGGGGAUUUUUUACAUAACAGUAACAGCAGUAGGGAAAAAUUAUUUCCACAUGUGACACCCAAAGGAAUUAAUGGCAUAGACUUUAAAGGAGAAGCUAUAACUUUCAAGGCAACUACUGCUGGAAUCCUUGCUACACUAUCUCACUGCAUUGAACUCAUGGUAAAACGUGAAGAAAGCUGGCAAAAAAGGCUAGAUAAGGAGACAGAAAAAAGGAGAAGAACAGAAGAAGCAUAUAAAAAUGCUGUAACGGAACUGAAGAAAAAGUCCCACUUUGGAGGGCCAGACUAUGAGGAGGGCCCUAAUAGUCUGAUUAAUGAAGAAGAAUUCUUUGAUGCUGUUGAAGCUGCUCUUGAUAGACAGGAUAAAAUGGAAGAACAGUCUCAAAGUGAAAAGGUCAGAUUGCACUGGCCUACAUCUUUACCUUCUGGAGAUGCAUAUUCUGCUGUGGGGACUCAUCGAUUUGUCCAAAAGCCCUAUAGUCGCUCUUCCUCCAUGUCUUCCAUUGAUCUAGUCAGUGCCUCUGAUGAUGUUCACAGAUUCAGCGCCCAGGUGGAAGAGAUGGUACAAAACCAUAUGACUUAUUCCUUACAAGAUGUAGGAGGAGAUGCCAAUUGGCAGCUAGUGGUUGAAGAAGGAGAAAUGAAGGUAUACAGAAGAGAGGUGGAAGAAAAUGGAAUAGUUUUGGAUCCUUUGAAGGCAACACAUGCUGUUAAAGGGGUAACAGGACAUGAAGUUUGUCACUACUUCUGGAAUGUUGACGUUCGUAAUGACUGGGAAACAACAAUUGAAAACUUCCAUGUUGUGGAAAAUUUAGCUGACAAUGCAAUCAUCAUUUACCAGACACAUAAGAGGGUGUGGCCAGCUUCUCAGAGGGAUGUGCUAUAUCUGUCUGCCAUCAGAAAGAUACCAGCAUUCAGUGAAAAUGAUCCUGAAACGUGGAUUGUGUGCAAUUUUUCUGUGGAACAUGACAGUGCUCCUCUGAACAAUCGCUGUGUCCGUGCCAAAAUAAAUGUUGCUAUGAUAUGUCAGACAUUAGUAAGCCCACCAGAGGGGAACAAAGAAAUAAGCAGAGACAAUAUUCUAUGCAAGAUUACAUAUGUAGCUAAUGUCAACCCAGGAGGGUGGGCACCAGCAUCCGUGUUACGGGCAGUGGCAAAACGAGAAUAUCCAAAAUUCCUGAAGCGUUUUACAUCAUAUGUGCAAGAGAAAACAGCUGGAAAACCUAUUUUAUUCUAGUAUUAGCAGUGAUCAGAGCAAGACUGAGUGAGCAUUCCACGUUGGAGAAGUGACCAUACAUAGAGCACUCCAUGCUGGAACGAAGGAUCUACAGUCUUCUUAUGGCCCAAAUUCUAGGCUUUGUAUACUGAAGUGAAGAAAUGUUGCAACACCAUGAGGUUGAAUAUUUAACACUAGCUCUCUCUCCUGCUAACUUCUCUUGCUGAAUCAGUGUGUAAUUAUAAAUACAUGUAUUGAUAACAUGUAUAUGGCUCUAUUUUUAUUUGCUUACUUUAGAAGAGGAAGAACGUUCAACUUUGAAUCACCAACGUGAGUUACUGCUUUAACUUUGAACAACUUGCAGAAUUUCAUUGUCAGCCUUCCUCAGAUUAUUGCAUAGUUUUUGUGCAUGUCCAAAAAGCACAAAAGACAAAUGCACAUAUAGCAUACUGUAUGUGCUUUAUAUGCACAAAAAUCUGUGGUAUUUUGGGGGAGGAUGAGGGGAGGAGUUCAGUAAAGCCUAGUGACUUACUGGCAGGUCUUGUUUUGCUUUGUAUAAUCACAAUUCAUUGCUGCUGGUUUCUAUAAUGAAUCAUCUUGUUACAUAAAAUGUCAGUUAAUAACUGAGGGCUGUCAAUAUCUUUAUGACUUUGCCUUUUCUAUUGUCUUACUCUUAUGAAGAUCUUUAUUUCUGAAGGAGUAAGAGUGUGAAAAGCUUUAUUUUUUUCCAGAUAUCUUUAUAUUUCUAUUGUAUUUUUUAGUUAUGUAAUGUGCUACAGAAUUUUUGUUACUAAACAUGAUCCAGAGAUUUCUGGAAAGAUUCUGUAUGAAAGGGCAAGAGACUGUCUGAAAGCUAAAAAUCAUCUGUCUGUGCUAUACGUGGUCUGCUUUCCUGCAUGAUAUCUAGAGGGCUUUUCUGAAGCUGUGAGAAGGUACACUAUAAUAUUUAUUGAAGUAAUUUGGACUACGUAGGACAACAUUCCCGAUCUAGAAUGAGGAUGAGUACAUUAUUUUCAAAUCCUGCAUGUGUUUUCCUCAUCUUAAUAAAGCCAUGCUAUGAGGCUCAUGUAGAAAACUAUUUGCAUCGAUACCUGCCACUUGAUCAAAACCUGUCAGAACUAUGACAAUGCAUUGAUCUUCUUGGAAAGUUCCCUUUAGUUGCUGUGAAAAUUUAAAUGUCAGAUACUUUCCUGCCUUAGAUUCUGGGGAUGCUCAUUGGGAGAGGAUUCUCACAGACUGGUACUCACUUUGAGUUAUUUAAUCCAUGUCCUGUAGUUGGAAAAUAUGCAGAGGCUGCUGGGUGUUUCGUUGACCUGUAUAUCUCAAGAAAAAAAGUUUCAGAUAUCUAUUUUUCUCAAAAGAAAGGUGAAAGUUGUAUUUGAUAGAGUAUAGUAGGUGCCUGAAAAUAAAUAUAAGAGAGUAACUUAAUAAAGAUCUGGUGAAUGAUUAAGGGGAUAUUCACAGUGUUAGAAAAAAAAACCAUGUUCUUUUACCUGUUCAUUUUCUCUAUCGAGACAAAACCAUACAUAACACACGAUUACACAUGCACGCGGAUUUCAUGCUCCAUAACUGUACCUUUUUUAUUUGCCUUUCUCUAAAAGUGUGCAUGGAAUAUGCCUUAUUACAGAACUAUUCUGUUAAUUUGAAUACGUAGAGAAGUGCCUAUAUGGUAAUGCUAGUAAGGCAAACGAGACAAAAAUUUAUACAUGUUUACUAUAUCACCAGUGAGCAUUUUAUAUAGUGAUGUUAAAAAAUAAUUCUUAUACCUCAAAUGUACUUCAUCUUUUUACAAUCAGCAAAACAAUUAUUCAUUCACCAUAGCCGCUGAUGGGAACUUCUAAAGAGAAAAAAAAUGUCCAAGAGAGUGUAAUUCCUUAUUUGCCAUUUCUGGUAAUAGUUGUUGAACACAGGUGAGUCACUGUUUCUUAAUUUAAUUGGAUAGCUUUAUUUUACAAAGGAAUGGAAAGUUUACAAAGCAGUAUAUAAAUCUUUUAUCAUUAGUUGCAUUUGCACUAAAUGUGAUGUACUUUUGCGAUUUAUUCUGUAAAUAAAAUCACACUACAGAUACUCUUUGUAAAGAAUACACUUUACUUUUAGAUAAAGGCACUGGUACUUCACUGCAGCUAGCCCUGCCCAAUCAGUGUUGUAAGAGGCUUCCAAAAAACUGAGGAAGGAGUUGUAAGAUUAAGACAUAAGUAUUAAAAGACCUCUUCCAAAAAAAAAAAAGCAGCUUUCUUUGGGCCUCUUGGACUGCCUGUGUGCAAGCAGCCAUCAGAGCCUUUCUUCCAGAAGGGAUCUUCCAGUUAUGGUUUUAUACAAUUUCUCCAGAGCUGCACCCCUUUUCCAGACACUGCCACAAAUACGAGCACUCUGUGUUCUUUUCAUCCUGUUAAUGAAUCUGUAGAAUUGAUACUGCACUGGUUUUCUUUGCAGAAUUGCAGAAGCAGCCCCUUGCUCUAGGCUAGAUGUUUCUGUAACUUGAGCCCGUUUGAAGGGCUGGGGAUAUGGCAGUGUAAGGAUAUAGCUUGAUAGAACUUCCUGAGCAAUAGUCAUUGUUAGCCUGUCUGGGAAACCGAACAACUUGCUUUGAGCAACUUAGAUGUGAGAAGUAUGGUGCAUUUUAGGGGCUGAGGGGAAAUUACCUUUUAGUUAAUUGGGCUGAGCUGGCUUAUCUGAAGUUGUGCAGAUUCUCUUUAAACUAAUCAGAUUGUCCACCUGUAUUUUUGUCACGUUGUACAGAUAAUGCUGUAUUUGAAUUGCCACUGUUCAUCUACAGACUCAGAACAUGAAUCAUAUUUUUGAGUACCUUGAGUGUGUAGAGUGUAACUGUUAUAUAAUAGCUCUAUGAUCCUAAUGAUAAGUUUUAAAAAUUAAAAGUUGGCUCUUCUAUGUUACAACCACAGAUUUAAAACCAGUAUUUAAAGUGAAAAGUAUUAAAAAUUAUGAAGAAAAACCCCUGGUUUGUAGUUCUUUCUAACUUUCAGUGCUUUAAGGAAACUUACUUAAAUAUAUUACGCUGUAACCAACCUUUGGACUGUACAUGAAGUUGUAUGCCAUACUACAGUGUAUGUGAAACAUAUAACAGAAAGCAGCUUGUUUGCGUUACCGAGGUUGCUGAAGUGAAAACUGGAAUGCCACAUAAGCUGUUGAUGUGUGAAAAAUCUCAUUCUGUACUAGCAUAUCAGAAGCAUGUUAGACGAUAUUCCUGUACAGUGUAGUUUUAAUAUAGAGUGCUUCCAAAGUUGUA